AUCUGCUCUAUUCAACGAGCAGAGAGGAGCAGCACUUUCAGUUAAAAAAAGAUAUUUUGUUGCUUCAUGUAAAAAAGACUAUGGGUUUCUAUUUUUCUAACUGUAUUUAAAUCUCUCCUUCUACAUGUUGAGACAUGUACAUACACAGACCACUUCACCUGAGCGAAUUAGCGUCCAGAAACCUUGACCACGUGAUUCCCCCCGCCCUCACAGUGACUGAAGAUCAGUGCAGGGGGAUACAGGUCGAAGGCUUAAGUUUCUGCAUUAUCAUUGUUUCUGGACUGUUUAAAGAUCGCCUUUUGGACAAAGUGUUGUGUGUGAAUGCAAAAUUUCGCCUCACGUGACAACGUCAGUGCUGUUUCCUACAAGGAGUGUAUUUAAAAGGAAACCGCAGUGUGGAUUCUUAGUCUUUCAUUUCAGAAAUUCUGUGAAGGCACGAGAGAAGUUUUGGAAUCCUACGACACGAGGAAAGCGCUUUAAACUUGCCAGACAUUCAGUCAUCAAAACCCGACAUGAUGGCGCCUUCUUUUUCUUUCCGAUGGGUUUUACUCUCAGCUCUUUGGAUUGCAGGGAGUGAGACGCAAUACACAGAGCUCAGGACUUAUACCACCAGUGCUGGUCUCGCAUUUAAGCUUCAGUGCAGUGAAACACAGAAUGUGAGCUGGAGCCGUGUUCCUGAUCAGAGGCUGGAAGGCAUCAGUGGAAUAAACAUUCAGGGAGGCGCGCUAUGGUUUCUACCUGCUGACCUCUCCCACAGCGGAUCCUACUCCUGUCUCACCAGAAAUGGCGAUGAAACCUGGACAACAAUAUUUGAUGUCUCCGUUGAAAAUAAAACAUGCCCCAGGUUUAACAGAAAAGAUGAAAUAACGAGAACAAAGGAAAUCACUUGUUUGCUUUCUCACAUCUUUGAGAUAGACCCUCAAGCUCAAGUGACCUGGAGAAAUAACUGCCACCCACUCAGUGUGACAAACAGUAAGGUUUUACCGAUAAACAGAUCCAAAGACAUGAUUGGACUCUAUACAUGCUUUGUGAGCUUUACUUUUGGAGGGCAGCAUUACUCUGCUGCCCAGACUACAGAAAUCUACAGCCGAUCUAAGGAUUAUGUGGUGACAAAGCCUGAAAUCAUCUACCCAAAAGAAGAAACACAAAAAGUAACACUUGGUGAAAGUUACACUCUGAACUGCAAAGCUCUUAUUGGGAAGAACGACAAUAGAGAAACUGUUAUUUACUGGGAUACUGGCUUAAAAAAUCUCGAACUGCACUACAACAGAAGUAUUGUGAAAGAGGGGGAGCGGGACUAUAUGCUGUCUACUCUAUACAUCCCAGAAGUCACAGAAGAACAUUUAUACACUAAUUUCACCUGUGUCGUUACGCACCCAAGAGGUUCAGAUUCUGGAAAUGUCUUGCUUAUUCCUGUGAGUCAGAAUGAACGUUAUUACUGGAUCGGUGUUGGUCUGGUGGUUCUGCUCAUAUUACUGUGUGCAGUUGCGUUUCUCUUUAGAGUCGAUCUGGUUCUGGCUUAUAGGGCUGUUUGCUCGUCUUCUGCCAUAAACAGUGGGGUGCAUUGCUGUCAUUGCUGACACAAAGCGGCAGAAGAGCCCAGAGCUCACGGUGCUUUGAGAUCUGUUUGACCACAGAAACAAUCUACACAAGUAUAUAAACUCAUUAUGAAGUGUGUAAUGAUAACACCACUCAAGAAACACAACAAUGCAUACUUACUGUACACUGAAAAAAGAUACUAAAUUAAAAGCUAAAAGCUAUUUUUUUUUAAAAAUUUUAAAGUUAGUCAACUACAUUUGUUUAUUUAAAUGUAGCUAAAAUAAAUGGAUUCCAACCACUUAAAAAAAAUCAAUUGUAAAUUAAAUUAAUCUCUUUUUCAGCGUAGGGGCUGUUCACACAGAAUGCGUUUUUCCACUCCCAUGUGCCACUUUUCCAUUGUUUUCUAUGUAAACGCUCUAGACCGAUUGCAUUUAGACGCUGUGUCAAGUUUAAACUUUUACACACAGCGCUGCUCAGGAGUGUCGAUUCCAAAACAGUCGACCAAUCAGAAGACCCCAGAGGCGGGGCAAGCGCUUCAAGGUUUUGUUUACAGUAGCAAGUAGUAGUUUUAUUUAACGAAACAUGUUGGAGGAGGAAUUCUGCUCUACACUUUUUAAAGUCCCCAUGAAAUCAAAAUUGUUGAAAAGUUGAAGCUGAAAUCUGUCACAUAUUCAAAGAUUUCCUGUUUUCUGUACGGUGAAUGGGGAUAGGGAAGGAUUCAGGUAUAACUAUGCUUUCUGUUGGGGCAGAAAAAGUCUAACAAAAUGAUAGCACUGAGCGGAUCAUAUGUCCGAGUUGGCUCAGACCAUAAAACAUAUCAAACCCAUUUGAAUUAUACACAGAAUGUAAUAUUUUGUAUCAAUAUGGAUGAGAUUGUGGCUGUCAUACACUGUAGAAUUCGGCUUUACCAAGCGCAGUGGCUCUAGCCCAAGCUGUGAUAUAAAUAAAAUUGGCUAUUUUAAAAAGGGGCGGGUUUACUUGAUAUGUCCUGCCCUGUCUUCCUGUUUAAGUUAAAAUGAUGGCAACACAUUGAGUAAAGAAUAAAAAGUUCUGUGUGAAUGUCCCUUUAGUUUGUGAGCUUGUGUUGUGCGAGUUUGCAUUUUUGUGUAGAGAAGGUUUGUUGCAUUUGUGUGAAGAAACUUUUAUCUUGUUUUAUCUUGUAAUUGUGAUGAAAAACAGAGUGACAGGUGAUGCCAGUUAGCAAUAAAAAAAAAAAACUAUAUGUAGAAGUUAUUUUCAAUAUAACUAUCAUUUUAUAUUUUUUAUAUUCUUUUGUUAAAGCAGCUUGUUGAACUAGUGCAUAUGCAGAUGGGAUGCAUAUUUGUUUGUUUUUAUAUUCUUUAUUAUAUUACUAUUUUUUACAGAGAUAUUUAAUAUAUAAAAAAUAUUACAAGUUCUUACAAGUGGCAUUGUGACUACAGGUCAUGUCAGAUAAAAUAUUUUAAUGUUUUUUAGAAGAAACUAAGUAAAAUUAAACAUUUACUGAUUCAUUUUUUAUUGAUUCAUGUCGUAAUAAUGAUUUAUUAC